AUGCCAUCAACGGCUGAUGCUUGGAUGAAUAUAGAAAGAGGGUAUAGAAGAAAAUUUCCACACUGUCUUGGUUCCAUAGACGGCAAGCAUAUUAAUAUAGAAAGUCCACCUCAUAGCGGAACUGAAUAUUUCAAUAAUAAGAAAACAUUUAGCAUCGUUCUAUUGGCAUUAGUUGAUGCCCACUACAAAUUUGUAUUUGUUGACAUAGGAGGCCAAGGGAGGAUUAGCGAUGCCGGCGUUUUUAAUAAUUCAUUACUGUGGAAAAAAUCUGUAAAAAUGAAAUUGAUUUUCCUAUACCAUGCCCACUUCCUGGAUAAACGUUAA